UCAAGGUUUAUCAGUAUCAUAAUGCUUCAGUGAACAUUCUUACAUAGUCUGUGUGGACAUAGGUGUUCAUUUUCUUGAGUAUAUACAUAGGAAUUGAAUUCCUGGGUCAUAUAAUAACUUAAUGUUUAAUCUUGAGGAACUGUCAAAAUUGUUCUCCAAAGUGACUGCACCAAUUUUAUUUUCUCAAUAACAGUAAUUAAGGUAUCCAACAUUUCCACAUCCCUACCAAUAUUUAUCAUUAUCUGAUUUUUGGGUAUAGCCAUCCUAGUGGGUGUGAAGCAGUAGCUCAUUUUGCAUUUAAUUUGUAUUUCCCUGAUGGCUCAUGAGCCAUCCUGUAUUUACUGGCUAUUUGUAUAUAUUCUUUAGAGAAAUAAACGUUUGGAUCCUUUACCAGUUUUAAUUGGGUUACUUGUAUUUUAUUGAGCUGUGAGAAUUCUUUAUAUAUUCUAGAUAGAAGUCCCUUAUCAGAUAUAUGAUUUGCAAAUACUUUUUCCCAUUCUGUGGAUUAUCUAUAGCAUUACUUUUGAUACUUGGAUUUUGUUUUGUUUUGUUUUGUUUUAUUUAAGGAGACUUCUGGGUGAUCAAAGCCCACGAAAUGGAAGUGUGAACAGCCAAGUUAGGGAGGCAGGCUCUAUCUGGUGAACUAAAACAAACAACUUUCCAUGAUAUGCCCAUCAUUAAACUUUUAUUUGUCUUAUUUUCAGCUUUUUCUUUAUUGUAUAAAAUUAUAACAACAUACAGGAAAGAGGUGGAGCUUAAGUUGAACACUUGGCCAUCUCAUGUAAUAAUACCCACACAGUAUAGGAUAUGACUUACUUGUGGGCUGACUGCUCUGUUUUUUAAUGUUUGUAGUAUUGCCUCCAAAACUAAUGAAACAAACUUUAAUAUAGGAAUCAAAAGAUCUGUUAUCUAGCUCCACUACUUAGCCCUAUGACCUUCGUCAAAUAACUUACCCUCUCUGGAUAUAGAUUUUUCUCAUCUAUGAAAUGAGAGAAUUGAUAGGAGAAUUGAACCGAUUGAACAGUAUAUUCUUUAAGGUUCUUUCCACCUUUAAAAUGUGGUUAUUUAAUGCAAUUAACACAAGUGAUUUUAUUUUUCUUCUUCUUCCUGCUCUUUAACAAGGAAGUUACACCUUGUUGAAAAAUCUUAGGCCUAAUGUACAAUUUCUCAAAAGGAUUGGAGUUAGAUGGAUUUGACAGGUAAAAACCUGGGCACAUGUAGAUAUUCAUUGAAGACUUACUAUAGGAUAGCAAAUGCCAUCUGUGUGAAUUUACAUUGUGGGAUAGAGGAACAUGACCUAAGAGUCACCAGUGAGGUAGAACUAAAGGAAGAAAUAAUUUAUGCACCUGCUGAGGGUGUGGCUAAGGACUGUGAGGACUGAGUCCUUGAUUGCCUCCUUGGAAGUGUUCAGAGAUCAUUAAAGAAGCAGCAAGCUCUCAGAGGUCAGUUGUGUCUAAAGGUGAAACCAAAACCUAAACUACAACUAAUAAGAAAAAUAGGACCAUAAGAAAAGGAACAUCUGAAAAGGCCUAGAAAUUGUAAGGUAAGUACACUACAUUUUGUUUAGUUUGUUUGUUUGGUUGUUUUUUUGUUUUUCCUGGAGUAAUUUUUUAAAGCUUCAGGGUACUGAAAGUUUGUCAUUGGUCCUUGAGCUCAACUGAGAUAAUUUGCUAGAGCUUCAGACAUCAUAGAGGAAGAUAUGCAAGUUUGACAUCUGUGAGCCAAGCAGGAUAUGGAAGAGUAAGGGAAAGGUCAUUGAGAUUGAGAUCUAUUUGCCAAAGUUUGGUAACUUUGAUUCCCACUACAAGCUACUUAAAAUUCUGGUUAGGUUUUGUUUUUGUAUUUGACUAACCUCCGUGAUGUUAUUAAUCAAACAUCAUUAUAAAUAAAGCACAUGUGAGAAGCAAAAAACAUAGUUCUCUUUUUAAAAAAUAAAGUAACUAGUCAGAAAUCAGACUAGGGAAAAAAGGCUUAGAAAUUUAAUUAGAACACUUUUCUCCCUUUUGGAUAUGGGUCUUUGUCCCAUUAUAAAAAUAGCUCAUCAUAACCACUUAAAAAAUACGGAGAUUUUGUCUUUAAGGUCUUCUUAGAGCUCUUUAAGAAAACCUGUAUUUCCUCAGGAGAUUAUUUGAUGUAAACACAGAACUUGAAAUACAUAUAAAAUUUUUAUACUCUUAAGGUAGUAAUGGUGAUAUAUGGACUGUUGAUGUCUCAGUUUCCCUUGGGUUGAGCAAGAAAUACACUUCAAAAGUUAAGAGAGUUGAUAUGUUGGUCCAAAUGAUGGUAGGUACUCAGCUUUUGUUAUGGAAUCAGGCUUAAGGUAUAGGGAGUCAGCUACAACUACAUUCUAUUUGGUGUGAGUAUUGAACCUGUCAUGUCCGGCUUCUUGAGCAAUUUCAUCAGCCUAGAAUCACGUGACAAGGCAGAAUUACCAAAUACCAAAGUCUUAGAAUAUGCCCAGAUCAUCUUUGCAGGUAUGUUUCCUGGACCGAACAUGUAUCUGCAUUGGACAUGAGCAGGAUACCUGAGCAGCUUUAUUUCACUGCAGUCUAAAUGGGCCUGCUGCCAGCACACUGAGCAAAAGCAAUGUUAUGCAGAUUUACUGAAGAACAGCUUCAGGGAAUGUGACACAGUUAUGGAAUGCUGGGAAGUAACAGAUGUAAACUUGCAGCUGUAAGAUAAAGGAUGGUUUGUUUUGUGCCAGGGCAUUAAGUGACAAGGUAUCAUGGUGAUGUUCUCUUAAAAAGGAUAGCCCUGCUGUGAACCAGAGCUGUUGUCCUGUGGACAUGUUAGGAGAAGAUAAACUUAGGGCCACCAAAAGUACUUUUAUAUAUAAUUUUUUUAAAAAAAGAUACAAUGUACUUAUAGGUAGGACUUUUAAAUAAUUCCAAUUACUCACAGACUUUCCAGUCAUAUAUUAUUAGCAAUGUACUGUUCAGUCUGGUGUAAUCGAAUGACGUCUCAGUUGUCUAGAUAGUCAUUUACCUAUGUGGCUGUGAACUCUGGGUAACAAUACCAAUUUUAGAGCUCUGAUAUAGUGGUGAUUACUUUUUAUAAGAGGGUUGAACACUCAAGGGCUACUAAAGAAUUUUUAAUAAGAGAAUACUGGGCACCUGUAUUCAAGUUGAAUCAGUUUAAUAGGUGGAGAGCAGAUGAUUUGCAGGUGCAGCUUAUUGAACAAGUAUGAACAGCAUUUACUCUUGUGAUUUAAUUUUAGUAUUCUUUUAAACAAUCUUAAAUGUAAUUAAGCACAAAGCAAGUUUGCCUUUGGCUGUAUAGAGGAAUAGACUAGCCCAUGCACAACCAUUCACUAUAAGAAAGCACAUUUCUUUUCCUUAGAAAGUAUAUGGGGAAAUUUGGAGUAACAGGUAGUACCUCCUGGAAUGGAAUUUUAAGUGGGAUAAUAUGAGAGCAGCAAAAGUCCAUAAAUAGAUGCCUUCAGUAACUAUUUGAUGAAGUUUUUCCAAUCCCAGCUUACCUGUGGAUCCUGCUGCUAUUUCUCCAUGUUCAUGAGCAUCAAAUGAAUCUAUUUUAAAGUGUAAAGUAUAAAACUGGAAAUAAACAAAUGUGACAUAUUGAAAAUGUGAUUGAACCUGUUUUUAUGCUUAGGGUAAUAAUAGUAUUUUUUAACCAGACCAAAAAAAUAAGGUUCAUUUAAUUGUGCUAAAAGGGCACUCUUUCUUUACAUAUGAAUGUUAUUGAUCUGUUUUUUUAAAAUAUAGUGUUGCUUAACUGAUUAUUAUACUAAAUCUGUUAAAAUAGGCUAUUUUACUGUCAUUAAAAUGUAGGUCAGUAUCUUAGUUAUACUUCUGACAUUUUAUAGAGCAUUUUAUAGUUAAUUCAGGCAGCUUUUUAAGAAAUGGAAUACUUUUCUAUUUCUAUUUUAUUCUUUUGAAGUCCCUUAUUCCAUAACUUAAUAUUAAAACUGUGUUAAAAAUUGCUGUGCUUCCUCAUAACUUCCGUUUCUUCUCUUUUAGGCCACAGACUUCCUUAGGGAGGAGGUGAGGGAGAAGUGAAUUCUCACGUUAGCCAAUAGAAUCUAGAAUUGUGUAGUGUUUACCUAUUUUGCGUAACAUAGACCCACCCACAUACAUUAUGAAGUGCUUAAGUGAAAGAACAGUGGGCAGACAGCUAGCUAUUCAGUGUGUGAUUCCAAGUGUAACUGGCAGAUGCUUUAGUACUAUCUGGAUUUUAUUCUCUGAUGAGAAGGUUGUCUUUGUAGCUUGUGGUGAUAGCGAUGGAAUAGAGAGGAAAUAAUGCAAAAGGUGUCCCAAGGCUCCUGACCAGUGCACAAAGAUUUGAGAAAGACAGCCAAGCUCAUGUUUUCUCCUGAUCAAGAAAAUCAUCCAUCUAAAGCACCAGUAAAAUAUGGUGAACUCAUUGUCUUAGGGUAUAAUGGGUCUCUCCCAAACGGCGAUAGAGGAAGGAGGAAAAGUAGAUUUGCUUUGUUUAAAAGACCUAAGGCAAAUGGGGUGAAGCCCAGCACUGUGCAUAUUGCUUGUACUCCUCAGGCUGCAAAGGCAAUAAGCAACAAGGACCAGCAUAGCAUAUCAUAUACUUUAUCUCGGGCCCAGACAGUGGUGGUUGAAUAUACUCAUGACAGCAACACUGAUAUGUUUCAGAUUGGUCGGUCAACUGAAAGUCCCAUUGAUUUUGUAGUAACUGACACAGUUCCUGGAAGUCAAAGUAAUUCUGAUACACAGUCAGUACAAAGCACUAUAUCAAGGUUUGCCUGUAGAAUCAUUUGUGAACGGAAUCCCCCCUUUACAGCACGGAUUUAUGCUGCAGGAUUUGACUCAUCAAAAAACAUCUUUCUUGGGGAAAAGGCUGCCAAAUGGAAGACAUCAGAUGGGCAGAUGGAUGGCUUGACCACUAAUGGUGUUCUUGUGAUGCAUCCGCGCAAUGGCUUUACAGAAGACUCUAAGCCUGGAAUAUGGAGAGAAAUAUCUGUGUGUGGAAAUGUGUUUAGCCUGCGUGAAACCAGAUCAGCCCAGCAGAGAGGAAAAAUGGUGGAAAUUGAAACCAAUCAGUUACAAGAUGGCUCGUUAAUUGACCUCUGUGGUGCAACGUUGCUGUGGCGUACUGCAGAAGGCCUUUCCCACACUCCCACGGUGAAGCAUUUAGAAGCUUUAAGACAGGAAAUCAAUGCAGCGCGACCUCAGUGCCCUGUAGGUUUCAACACACUCGCAUUUCCUAGUAUGAAGAGGAAAGAUGUUGUAGAUGAAAAACAACCAUGGGUAUAUCUAAACUGCGGCCAUGUACACGGCUAUCAUAACUGGGGAAACAAAGAAGAACGUGAUGGAAAAGAUCGUGAAUGUCCUAUGUGUAGGUCUGUUGGUCCCUAUGUUCCUCUGUGGCUUGGAUGUGAAGCUGGAUUUUAUGUGGACGCCGGCCCUCCAACCCAUGCGUUUAGCCCGUGUGGGCAUGUGUGUUCAGAAAAGACAACUGCCUAUUGGUCCCAGAUCCCACUUCCUCAUGGUACUCAUACUUUUCAUGCAGCCUGUCCCUUUUGUGCACAUCAGUUGGCUGGUGAACAAGGCUACAUCAGACUUAUUUUCCAAGGACCUCUAGACUAACAGACAGUUGUCCUCCAGGACUGCAUUAUAAAUUUAUAAGCUAAGUGAGUGGGUUUUCAAACCUGUUGUUCACGUCACAGUUUUUCUGCUCUGGUUAUUUGCAUUAAGAUGAAGAAUUUUUUAAAACAUUUAUAAUAAAUAAUAGCAAUUUCUGAACAAAAAUCUGGGAAACUCAAGCAAAAGAAUUUCUGAAAGUACCAGUCUUCUGAAUUCUGAGUUUUGAAAAUAUAUUUUGAGGAAAAAAAGACAUAGUCUAAUUUGAUGCCUUCAUUUUAGUGUUUUUGAAUCACCCAUCCUCAGUGUUGAAAAAUUGUUUUGUACAACUGAGGGUACUGUUGGUUCAAACUAUGUUAGUUUACAGUUUGUUGCAAACAUUGUAAAAUACAGCGACAUGUAUAUUAACUUUUUCUAUUUAUCUUUAUUAUAGAAAAUAUCUUAGAAUGUUCUUGAUAGAGUAGCAUGGUAAUGAUGGUGUCACACUCUUAGUGUGAAUGGUAGCUUAGUGAGCACAUAGCUCAAGGAUUUGUAAAGUUAGGAAGAAGGACAGGAAAGCCUCUCUCCCCAUCCCCAUCUAAAUAUGGAAUUUGGUAAAUUAGAAUACUUUGUAAAACCAAAUUCAUAUUAAUUACCAUUGUGUAAGAGAUGUUUGUUUUUAACCACAUUGAAGAUAAUCAGGAAUAUUUUUUUCCUUAAUGUUUCUCUCGAGUGUAGUACUAUAACAAAAACUUAAUGCUAAGAAACAUUUUAUAUGCUCCUUUGAAUAUGCAAUUAAUCUAGAUUAUCUAUUUUUCUCCCACAAUAACUAAUCUGUUUUUAGUAUCAGCAACAUUUGGCAAGUUUAUUUUUUGGAUAUAAACUGUCGUUCAUCUGUUCACUGUUUCUAGAAAAAAAAUCAAUCCCAUAAGAAAAAGCAUAAAUUAACAAGAAAGGAGAAUGACUUGAUUUGCUUUUGGAAAAAGAAAUGCUUAAUUAAUUAAUCAUUCUGUAUUUGGCCUUAUCCAGACAUUAGGAAAUGCAGAGAUAUAAAGGGUCACAUGAAAAUAGUGCCCCCCUUUUUUAACCUAACAGGCCAGCCUUAACCGUGGGCCUGAAUCCUAAGGACAGUUGCCACAGUGGACUCCAGUAAACAUCUGGUUGGCAGAUGAGCACUGAUGACAGCAGAGUGGAGGGACACACUUGCAUGGUCUAUUUAUUCUCUGAUUUCAAUAAAUCCUUUGCUUUCUGAAGCAAGAACAAGUUUCUCCUCUUCUCCCCUCCUGCUCCCACCCUUUUUUAAAAUGUACCGCAAGAAAAGUAUAGACAGUUGCACUACAUCAGACCCUUUUUUGACACUUGUAGAAACCAGUACACUUUUAGAUUAAACAGAAUCAUAUUUUAACCUUUUGAUUUGUUUUCUUUUAUUUUGAAUAAUUGUAUAAUGCUUAAUUGAUUGUAGCAAAUUUUUGUAUGUGAUAGCAUAGCUUUAAUUUAUCAUAUUACAAUGCUGUUCUAAAUUUUCUUUUGGUUUUAAAAAAGCAAAAUUUGAUGCUUAGAAGCCAUGAACUGUUUUAUUUUACUUCAACUGUCAUAAUUUCCUUGUUUUUAAAAAUGAUCAUUUGGGUUCACUCAGGAAAUGCAUGUCAGGAAACUUGUAUUAUAAGUUUAUUAGUUGUGAUGUAUCAGUAACUGCUGUUACCCCAAAAUCAAAGAAAUAUAAUUGAUUUUGAAGUUUUCUAGAUUGUCACAUGCAUUGUGACUAAUGCAAGGAAAUCAAGUCCUGUGUUGUAUUUGUUCUAGUCAUUUCUAUUCAGGCUAUAUAUUGUAGCUUAAUUUUUAUUUGCAAUUAAUUUAUUCAAACUAAGUAAAUACUUUUCAAAAUAGAUAUUUGAA